CUGUCCUCUUAAUUUCGCGCUAAUGAUGAAAUGACUGGAUUUCCUCCAGUCAUUUCGUAGGUUACCGGACUGGCGGAUUUCGAUUGUCAUCUUAAUACCAAACACAGUCCGUGAGUGCUGCUGCGAUGGCCUACGCAAAAUACUGGAUGUCCUUUGAUACGAGACAGGUGCCGACAGAGAGCCAGGGGACGAGCUGGGCGCCGAACAGGGGUGAGGGGACGAGCUGGGCGCCGGCGAGGGGCCAGAGGAUGAGCUGGGCACCGGCGAGGGGCCAGGGGAUGAGCAGGGAGCCGGCGAGGGGCCAGGGGACGAGCUGGGACCCGGCGAGGGGCCAGGGGACGAGCUGGGAGCCGGCGAGGGGCCAGAGGAGGAGCUGGGAGCCGGCCAGGGGCCAGGGGACGAGCUGGGAGCCGGCGAGGGGCCAGGGGACGAGCUGGGAGCCGGCGAGGGGCCAGGGGAUGAGCUGGGCGCCAGCGAGGGGCCAGGAGAGGGGACUGUGGACAUCCUCGGCUUCUAUGGUGAAAAAGCAAACCCAGAACACAGCGCGCUGUGGCACCAGAAGGUACCCAGCGGAUGUUGUGUUUGUUGAAGGCAUCAUAAAAGCCGAGACAAGACCGCGAUUGGGUGAGAGAGACGACACCCUGCCUCCACAUUACAGGUCUCUAAAGGAGCCGGUACCUGUUGCACCAGUUCUCAUGGAAAACACGAGUCAUUCGAAGCCCAUGUUUGCCGAUUUCUCAAACACCCUGCAUGUUUCAAAGCCAGUGCCAAUGGUUCAAUCUGCAGCUGUUGCUGAGGAAGGCAUCAUAAAAGCCGAGACAAGACCGCGAUUGGGUGAGAGGGACGACACCCUGCCUCCACAUUACAGGACUCUAAAGGAUCCGGUACCUGUUGCACCAGUCCUCAUGGAAAACACGGUCAAGUCAACUGGAAACAAUAUAAGGUCACAUCUGUAUGACAGCAGUGGUUAAGUAUGGAGGGUUACAGUGGAAUUGAACAUGAAUAUUUUCAGCUAUCUUCCUUCACUGGACUUUGCGACAAAUCUGGACAUACUGACUGGAGACUUUAUGCUUCCUCAGUUACUUCUGAUAUCACUCCCUCAAAUUGUAACACUGGGUUGAUUGAUUGAUUGAGUGAUUGAUUGAGCGAUUGAUUGAUUGACUAACCUAAUAUUAGCUCUCUUUGUAAGCCUCAUGGCAUCUAUCUUCCUAAUGAUUGACAGUGGACCAAGCAUCAAGGAGUUGGUCCAAAUACAGUAAUACAUACAAUAUCCCUUUUAACCAAAACACAUGCAAGCAUCUUUGGAAUACCAAUAUAUCUAUCUUUAGAAAUUUGUUCUUGUAACUAACUAUAAACAUAAUCUGGUUGUAGGCAUGAAGAUUAAUAGACUAAUAAAUGAAUUGGGGUAUAA